GGCGUGCUGGUUGGUUCCGAGGUCUAACCUCCUCCGGAGACUUUGGAUCCCGGUGCAACUUGGCCAGUUUGCACUAGACCGGAACUAGGGGAGGACUAGGGUGAGGAGUCGGGGACCCAGCCUUUAGGGUCUGGAGCUGGCUGAUGGGCCGGUUCUUUCGUGCCCGAAGGGAGCUGACGAGAGGAGAUCGUUUGUGUGUGAGAGAUUGAGAUUGUUACUGUCCUCGUGUUCUGUCACUAAGAGGAAGAAGACAGAAUGGUUAUUCAACAUUCAAAGACCAAGAUCAAGUGGUUGGUGACUUUCAGGGAUGUGGCUAUAGACUUCUCACAGGAGGAGUGGAACUAUCUGGACCCUGCUCAGAGAGACUUGUACAGAGAGGUGAUGAUGGAGAACUACAGCAACCUGGUCUUACUAGGACUCUCUAUUUCUAAGCCUGAUGUGAUUUCCUUAUUGGAGCAAGGGAAAGAGCCCUGGAUGCAAAGGAACAUGGCGGGAGGAUGGUGCCCAGGCUUGGAAUUAGGAUGUAAGACCAAGGAAUCCUGUCUUCAAAAAGAAAUCUGUGAAGUAACAUCAGCCCAGUGGAUGGUAAUGGAAAAAAGUUAUAGCCUUGUAGGCUCCAGUGUCAGAGAUGACUGGGUAUGCAAAGGCCAGUUUGAGAAGCAAAAGAUAAAGCAGGGUGGAUAUCUGGGGGAAGCACUAAUGACUUACGAAAAAAUGCCAACUUGCAGCCUGAAGACAUCUCUUGUUCUGCAUCAGCAAAUUUUUUCUGGAGAGAAACUCUGUAAAUUGAAAGAAUGUGGAAAACCCUUCAUUUAUGGCUCAGGACGUAUACGACAGCAAGGAAUUCAUGUUCGUGAGAAACCCUAUAAAUGUAAGGAAUGUGGGAAGGUCUUUAGUCAUUUUUCUUAUCUUACUGAACAUCAGAGAAUUCAUACUAGUGAGAAGCAUUAUGAAUGUAAGGAAUGUGGAAAAGCUUUUAUUCGUGGCUCACAUCUUAUUCGACAUCAGAGAAUUCAUACAGAUGAGAAACCCUAUGAAUGUCAGGACUGUGGGAGGGCCUUUAGACAAUCUGCAACCCUUACCCGACAUCAAAGAAUUCAUACUGGUGAUAAACCUUAUAAAUGUAAGGAAUGUGGGAAGUCUUUUAUUUGUGGCUCAGAACUCACUCAACAUCAGAGAAUUCACACUGGUGAGAAACCCUAUGGUUGUAAGGAAUGUGGUGAGGCAUUUAGACUGCGUUCACAACUUGUUCAACAUCAGCGUCUUCAUACUGGUGAGAAAUGUUAUCAAUGUAGGGAAUGUGGAAUGGCCUUUAUUCGUAGUUCACAACUUACUGAACACCAGAGAAUUCAUCCUGGUAUGAAACAUUAUGAAUGUAGAGAAUGUGGGAAGACCUUUAUUUGUGGUUCCCAGCUUUUUCAACAUUACCAAAUUCAUACUGGUGAAAAGUCCUAUGAAUGUGCACAGUGUGGGAGGACCUUUAUUUGUGCCUCACAACUUACUCAACAUCAGCAAAUUCAUACUGCCAAGAAACCCUAUAAAUGCAAGGAAUGUGGAAAGGCCUUUACUUGUGUCUCAGAACUUACCCGACAUUAUAGCAUUCAUCAUGGUGAGAAAUGUUAUCAAUGUAGGGAAUGUGGAAAGGCCUUUACCUGUGUCUCAGAACUUACCCGACAUUAUAGCAUUCAUUAUGGUGAGAAAUGUUAUCAAUGUAGGGAAUGUGGAAAGGCUUUUACUCGUGUCUCAGAACUUACCCGACAUCAUAGCAUUCAUACUAGUGAGGAAUGUUAUCAAUGUAGGGAAUGUGGAAUGGCCUUUAUUCGUAGUUCACAACUUACUGAACACCAGAGAAUUCAUCCUGGUAUGAAACAUUAUGAAUGUAGAGAAUGUGGGAAGACCUUUAUUUGUGGUUCCCAGCUUUUUCAACAUUACCAAAUUCAUACUGGUGAAAAGUCCUAUGAAUGUGCAUAAUGUGGGAGGGCCUUUAUUUGUGCCUCAUAACUUACUCAACAUCAGCAAAUUCAUACUGCCAAGAAACCCUAUAAAUGCAAGGAAUGUGGAAAGGCCUUUACUUGUGUCUCAGAACUUACCCGACAUCAUAGCAUUCAUACUGGUGAUAAACCCCAUGAAUGUAAGGAAUGUGGAAAGGUCUUUAGACAGUGUUCACAC